AUGCCAAACAAUUUUUCAAACGGAAAUCUUUUUGGUUUGGAUUCUUUGGCAUCUUCACCAUUUACUUUUAAUAACACUAAUACUAAUAGUAAUAAUAACACCAAUUCCACUAAUCAACAAAUUCAACAACAACAACCACAACAACCACAACAACAACAACAAUUUUAUGUUCAACAACAACAACAACAACAACAACAACAACAACAACCAAUUCAAACUACAUCAGUUCCAUAUGUUAAAGAAGAAACUUCUAUCCAAGGUUUGGUAGAGGAUAACAAGGAUUUACAAACAUUCCUUGAUCAAGAUAUUUUGCUUGGACUUCGUCAAUCUGAUUUCAAGGCAUCCAAAUUGGAUGGACAAUCCCUUGGCAUCUCACAAUCACUUUUGACCAAUGACACACCAAACUUCUUUUCCAAUCCCAACUCCAACUCUGGAGAUCAAUCCAAAAAUGAUUUUGGAUUAUAUUAUUAA